GAGAAUCCUUGAGUUUCGCGGAUGAUUUGCUUUCUGGACUUGCAACAUCCUGUGUGGCAGCGGGUAGGAGCCAUGGAGACAUCCCUGAAACCAGCAUCUAUUCAGUCAUUUUCAAGUGCCUGGAACCAGAUGGUCUGUACAAAUUUACCCUGUAUGCUGUGGAUACACGAGGGAGACACUCAGAGCUGAGCACUGUCACCCUGAGGACAGCCUGCCCGCUGGUGGACGACAGCAAGGCAGAAGAGAUAGCUGACAAAAUCUACAACCUCUACAACGGCUACACCAGCGGGAAGGAGCAGCAGACAGCCUACAACACCCUGAUGGGUCUCUUCCGAGUCCAGCACCACUACAACUCCCACUAUGAGAAGUUUGGAGACUUCGUCUGGCGCAGUGAGGAUGAGCUGGGGCCCAGGAAGGCACACCUGAUCCUGAGGAGGCUGGAGAAGGUCAGCAGUCACUGCUCAACCCUGCUCCGCAGCUCCUACAUCCAGAGCCGCACCGAGACCGUGCCCUACUUGUUCUGCCGCAGCGAGGAGGUCCGGCCGCCCGGCAUGGUCUGGUACAGCAUCCUAAAGGACACCAAAGUGACGUGUGAGGAGAAGAUGGUCUCCAUGCUGCGCAACACGUACGGGGAGUCCAAGGGGCGGUGAGGGAAGGUGUGGGCCUGGAGCUGCGGGAGGCCAAGGG